UUGAUUCAAUAUGAAGUUGAUUAUUUUAAUUAUCGGUGCAAUGCUUCUUUUCCAAAGUUCAGUUUAUUCAUUCUCCAUAAAAAAUGUAGUAUUAGAAUCGAAAGAUAAUCUUGUUGGGGUCGUAAAAAAUAUGGGAAGUUUUCUUCCUUCGCCGUCGAAUUUUUUCAGUAGUGCAAAGAAUUAUAUCGCCGGCUAUCCUUUAGGAUAUGUUUCAUCAACUAUUAAUUCUGUUUGUUCAACAUUGGUAUCUUCAAAUUCUGUUCAAACAAGAGUUAUGCCUGAAUUGGAAAAAAUGAAUUUCCAACUGAUAACUCCUUGCGCAAAAUACAGCAUUCCGAUUUUAAGUUCAAAGGACCUUUAUAAAAUUAAAAUUAAAAUUUAAUAGACAAUUGAUCUUGCAUCUUGUGUGGAUACUCUUUUCACAUGGUCAGCUCUGAAUACCGAAAAACUUGGAGAAUACUUGGGACAAGGUUUAGCUGACUUAGCCCAAGUAAUACCACGUGAAAACAUUCAUCUGAUUGGUCAUAGUUUGGGAGCUCAUAUUUGUGGCUCAGCAGGACGAUCAUUCACCGCAAUUACUGACGAAAAAAUAGCUCGCAUCACAGGUUUAGAUCCAGCACUACCAUGUUUCAAUGAAGGCGAAGAUUUGACGGGACUUAUGCGAGGUGAUGCCGAUUUCGUAGACAUCAUUCACACUAAUCCGGGUGUCUUGGGCAGACGGGACCCAAUAGGAGAUGUGGAUUUCUAUCCCGAUGGAAUAAUUCCUUUGCCAACAGGAUGUUAUACCAUACUUUGUGCCCAUGAACGUGCUUGGCGUUACUACGUUGAGAGUGUUUAUCCGGGAAAUGAAAACAAUUUUAUGGCAAAACGUUGUAAUUCGAUGGUGAAAUUGAAGCAAAAUAGAUGUGGAAAAACUCCAGCAGCACCAAUGGGCUAUGCUGCAAAAAGUAAUUUGAGGGGUAAUUAUUUCCUUGAAGUUCGUGGUUCAUCACCAUUUGGUAUGGAUGGUAAUAAAACACGUGAGAAUGAAAACGUUUUUUGUGGUACUGCUUCGAUAAAUAAAUGUUAA